AUGGAUCGUCUCAAAUCCACAUCGAAAAUUGCACAGAACCAUGGGAGCACCCUCGCGUCCCCCAUCGAGGUUUGCGAGAUCCCCGGCCGGGGCAUGGGCGUGGUUGCCGUCGCCGGAAUUCGAAAAGGCGUAAGGAUCAUCUGCGAGGAGCCCCUCCUCGUUUCCGACUGCCACCCCGACCCAGCCGCGCUGAACGACCUGAUCGCCGUCAAGCUGAGGCAGAUGUCGUCCCGCCGCCAGCGCGAGUUCCUCUCCCUCCACAACAAAAAUCUCGGCGGCCCGUACCCGCUCGCUGGGACCUUUGAUACCAACUCGAUCCCGCACGGCGACGGGGGCGCCGUUUUCCCCACCGUGUGCCGCCUCAACCACAGCUGCCUGCCCAACUGCUUCACCGCCUGGAACGAUACGCUACGCCGGCAGACCGUUCACGUCGUCCGCAACGUCAGGCGCGGCGAGGAGCUCACGCUGCAGUACCACAGCGCGGCGCACAAGAGCCGGCGCGCCUACCUGCACGCGCACUUUGGCUUCUGGUGCGACUGCCCGACCUGCAUGCAGCCGCCCGCCGAGAUAUCACUGUCGGACGCCCGACGCCUCUGCAUCGACCGGCUGAUGGGGGACAUCUCGGACGCCGGCCGCGUCGCGUUGGACCCCAACGCCGUGCUGCUCGACUGCCGGGCGCUGUGGAGCCUGGUCCACGUCGAGUACCGCGGCGCCGUCAUGGGGCUCGAGGCGCACGCCUGCUACGUGGCCGCGCAGGUGUGCCAGGCGCACGGCGACUGCGCGCGUGCGUCAAAGUUUGCGGGCCUGGCAGCCCUGGCGCGCGCCGAGUCCGAGGGGGCCGACUCGCCCGCCGCGGCCAGGAUGGCGGCCAUCGGCGUCGACCCCAGCGCCGUGCUCGGCGUGCCCGACGGCGGCCCCGCGGUCGCCGCCUGGACGAACCCGCUCUCACUGGUUCCGCCCCGCAAGUACCCGCGCGCGCUGGGCGAGAUCUGGCUAUGGCGCCAGGGCACUGAGGAUGAGGGCUUUGACGAGGGCCGAUACCUGCGAGGCCGCGUGUGA